CAAAUAGCUAUUCGUCUUUGUUUCUCUUUGUCUAUGUCUUCACCUUCCCUCAAUAAGAACAAAUAAUAAAUUCAUCCUAACACCCUUCUCUUUCUUCUUUCUAUAAUUCGAAAGUCAGGGCGCCUGUAACAUAAUCAUCAUUCGACAGAUAAUAUCGAGUUUGAGUUGGUGGGAAGGGUGUUCGUGAAAAACGUUGGUGAAAAGAACCAAUAAUUAAUUUGGUAUGUUCAUAAUAUUAAUUAAACAUAUAGAUUUAUUUUAAGUAUAUAAAGGAGGGGAGGGGAGGCUAAAGAUAUAAAAAAAAAAUGGAGUCAUCACCAAAAACACCAGACAGCAAAGGAGCAGGAGCAGCAAGUGCAACAAAAUCAUUAAUGGACAACCUUUUGGGACUACUGAGAAUCAAAAUAAAGAGAGGAGUUAACCUUGCUGUUCGUGAUGUUCGAACCAGUGAUCCUUAUUGUGUUGUCAAGAUGGGUAAAAAACAGAAACUGAAGACGCGAGUUAUAAAGAAGGAUAUUAAUCCUGAGUGGAAUGAAGAACUGACCCUCUCUGUCUCUGAUCCCAGUCUUCCUGUUAAGCUGACUGUUUAUGAUCACGACACGUUCAGCAUGGACGACAAAAUGGGAGAUGCAGAAUUUGACAUAAAACCAUUUGUAGAAGCACUGAAGAUGAACUUAGAUGGUCUCCCAUCUGGCACUGUAAUUACAAGAGUACUGCCUUGUAGGACAAACUGCCUCGCCGAAGAGAGUAGAGUUGUAUGGCAAGAUGGUAAGGUUGUUCAAGAUAUGAUACUAAGGUUGAGAAAUGUUGAAUGUGGAGAAGUUGAACUCCAACUUCAGUGGAUUGAACUUCCUGGCAGUAAGAUUUUGUAGAAUGCGCGCGCAUAUAUCUUGUUGUCUAUAGCUUACAAAACUCUUUUCUGCUCCUACAAUUUAAUGGUUUGUGGGAUAUGGUAAUGGAGUUUGAUAUAUAUAUAUAUAUAUAUAUAUAUAUAUAUCAAACUCAAUGAAGACCUCUUCACUCUGCACUUAUGUGCACAAGAAUUGUAGCUUAGUUGGAUAUGGGGUUUAAACUUUUUCAUUUGUAAUCAUGUAAUUAACUGGAAUUACUUUUGUAAUAAUGACAAUGCAGUUUAUUUGCA